UCAGUUCCCGUCCCAACUCAAUCUCAUAUUGAUAUUGUUCGUUUUACCUGGGAGCGGAUUACCGAGGUACGGCAUCCAAGCGAUGACUCUACAAUGUCACCCGCACAUGCUUUUGGUGUAGCUUUUUAUGACGCUCUGUUCGAUUUGGACCCACAACUGGUGUAUGUUUUCAGCAACGUUUGUCAACAGGCCAGAGCAUUGACUGGAAUGAUAUCUUAUAUGGCACGUGUACCAGCCAUUGCCACGGAGGAGCUGAAUGUCCUCACCCAUGAUCAUCCCGUAUCAAGUAUCAAAGAUAUAAAUGCGGACCGAAGAGCUCGUGAAGAUCCCGCCAUCAAUAAAUCAUCAUUACCCGAUAUAGUGAGAGCCAUUACAGCCAACAGCAGUUCUAUGAAAAGCGCUCCAAAGUUGUCUGCGGAUGAGAAGUGGAUACAGUGCAAAUUUCGAGAACUCGGUGAACGACACUUACAAUACAAUGUGCAACCUCAUCAAUUAUCUGUUCUCGGACCAGCCAUUUUAAUUGCAUUGAAGAAACGCUUGAAGCAUGAAUAUGUACCUGAAGUCGAAGAAGCCUGGUUCGUGGUGCAAACCUACGCUAUUCAUCAUAUGAGGAUAGGAAUGAUUUCUUGCAAGGCGGAACAGGGGAAAAAGUCUAGAGGAGGAAUGACUGCUCUAGGGCGAUUAACCACGGCGUUUGCAAAUGAUAAACGGGAACCACAUUGUAAUAUUCAAUAG